CCUCUGGGCUCCCGGAGCUGCAGUCAACAUUUGCCUCUGGCAGGAAUAUGAACUUGUCAGGUCCUGUCUUCAUCCACCCCUCCACCCAAAGGCGCAGUGGCUCCCUGUAGCGUCGAAACUGUCUCGCCAAGGAAUCUGAAAGCCAAAGGUGUGACUAGGAUGGUCCAUGGUGGAGCCAUGAGUGCCUCUGGGAACCUGAUGGAUUUUCUGGACGAGCCGUUCCCUGAUGUGGGGACAUACGAGGACUUCCACACCAUCGACUGGCUUCGGGAGAAGUCCCGGGACACCGACCGACAUCGAAAGAUAACCAGCAAAAGCAAGGAGUCCAUAUGGGAGUUCAUCAAGAGUUUGCUGGAUGCCUGGUCCGGAUGGGUGGUGAUGCUGCUUAUUGGCUUGCUGGCAGGCACUUUGGCUGGCGUCAUUGACCUUGCUGUCGACUGGAUGACGGAUCUAAAGGAGGGUGUCUGCCUAUCAGCCUUCUGGUACAGCCAUGAGCAGUGUUGCUGGACUUCCAAUGAGACCACUUUUGAGGACAGGGACAAGUGUCCCCUGUGGCAGAAAUGGUCAGAGCUACUGGUGAAUCAGUCAGAGGGUGCCAGCGCUUACAUUCUGAAUUACUUAAUGUACAUCCUGUGGGCGUUGCUCUUCGCCUUUUUGGCUGUCUCCCUGGUGCGGGUGUUUGCCCCCUACGCUUGCGGCUCGGGGAUACCAGAGAUAAAGACCAUUUUGAGCGGUUUCAUUAUCAGGGGCUACCUAGGCAAAUGGACUCUGCUGAUCAAGACCGUCACCCUGGUGCUGGUCGUGUCUUCCGGCCUGAGCCUUGGCAAGGAAGGACCCCUGGUGCACGUGGCUUGUUGCUGCGGCAACUUCUUCAGCAGCCUUUUCUCCAAGUACAGCAAGAACGAGGGCAAAAGACGCGAGGUGCUGUCUGCCGCUGCCGCCGCCGGCGUCUCUGUAGCCUUUGGUGCCCCAAUUGGAGGUGUGCUUUUCAGCCUGGAGGAGGUCAGUUACUACUUUCCCUUGAAGACCUUGUGGAGGUCGUUUUUUGCGGCCUUGGUGGCAGCCUUCACGCUGCGAUCCAUCAACCCUUUCGGCAACAGCCGCCUUGUCCUCUUCUACGUGGAAUAUCACACCCCCUGGUACAUGGCCGAACUCUUCCCCUUCAUCUUGCUGGGGGUCUUCGGGGGCUUGUGGGGCACCCUCUUCAUCCGUUGUAACAUAGCCUGGUGCCGGAGGCGCAAAACCACCAAGCUGGGGAAGUACCCGGUGCUGGAGGUCAUCGUGGUGACUGCCAUCACCGCGAUCGUCGCCUAUCCCAAUCCCUACACGCGCCAGAGCACCAGCGAGCUCAUCUCGGAGCUAUUCAAUGACUGCGGCGCCCUGGAGUCCUCCCAGCUGUGUGACUACAUCAACGACCCCAACAUGACCAGGCCUGUGGACGACAUGCCCGACCGGCCGGCUGGGGUUGGGGUGUACACCGCCAUGUGGCAGCUGGCCCUGGCCCUCGGCUUCAAAAUCGUCAUUACCAUAUUCACCUUUGGCAUGAAGAUCCCAUCGGGCCUCUUCAUUCCCAGCAUGGCAGUGGGGGCGAUGGCUGGCAGGAUGGUGGGCAUUGGUGUGGAGCAGCUGGCUUACCACCACCACGACUGGAUCAUCUUCCGGAAUUGGUGCCGGCCUGGAGCAGACUGCGUCACCCCAGGGCUCUAUGCAAUGGUGGGAGCUGCCGCCUGCCUAGGUGGAGUCACCAGGAUGACAGUGUCCCUGGUGGUCAUCAUGUUUGAAUUGACGGGGGGCCUCGAAUACAUCGUGCCCCUGAUGGCGGCUGCCGUGACGAGCAAGUGGGUGGCCGAUGCCUUUGGGAAAGAAGGCAUCUACGAGGCCCACAUCCACCUCAAUGGGUACCCAUUUCUGGAUGUAAAGGACGAGUUCACGCACCGCACACUCGCCACUGACGUCAUGCGGCCCCGGCGCGGGGAGCCGCCGCUGUCCGUGCUCACCCAGGACAGCAUGACCGUGGAGGACGUGGAGACGCUCAUCAAGGAGACUGACUACAAUGGCUUCCCGGUGGUGGUCUCCAGGGACUCCGAGCGCCUCAUUGGGUUUGCCCAGAGGAGGGAGCUGAUCCUCGCCAUAAAGAAUGCCAGACAGAGGCAGGAGGGCAUCGUGAGCAAUUCCAUCAUGUACUUCACCGAAGAUCCCCCUGAGCUGCCAGCCAACAGCCCCCACCCUCUGAAGCUGCGGCGCAUCCUGAACCUCAGUCCCUUCACGGUCACGGACCACACCCCCAUGGAAACGGUAGUGGACAUCUUCCGGAAACUGGGGCUCCGGCAGUGCCUGGUGACCAGGAGUGGGAGGCUUCUUGGCAUCAUCACGAAAAAGGAUGUUCUGAGACACAUGGCCCAGAUGGCAAACCAGGAUCCUGAAUCCAUCAUGUUCAAUUAGCAGCACGGCGGCCAUUAUUUAGAGGACAAACAUUGUCAUUUUUAAAGAAAUAAACACAUGAUCCUUUAUUGUCCAAAUGAAAGAUGAUGCGCUGGGGUAACAAAGACAAAAGCUUUGAUUGAAAGGGGGAGAAGAAUGAACCCUAUUAUGUUUUUAUAAAUGCAUCAACGAGUAGGCAUUGUUUGGCUUUAACCCCUUAUGAGUUUCCAGCUGUGUCUCUUAAUGAGUUUAUUAACUGCUUAUGGGUGGGUGGAAGCUGUGGUUUGGGAUGAGGACGCUGGACACAAAUGCCGAAUGGAGAAAGUGUUCCCUCACCUGCUCAAGGCUGAUUUUUAUCACGUAGGAACUCGUGCGAAGCUUUGAGUCCAAAAAGCAAAGGGAUCUCAGUGUCAGUGUCCAUAUGUCUUAAUUCCUGAAGUGUUGCUGCUGUGUUAGUGAGUGAUAUUAAAGACACUUGCACUUACUUUUGUUGGAAAGGAAAAAAGAAUUUAAAUCUGAACGUAGUGCAAGCUGUAAGUAUACCAGUGCAUCUACUCUUGACCGUCCCAUUUCUCGCUCCGGUUUUCAGCUUGUUGUUUUGUUCACUCCUUGUUUCUGAACCAACACCUGUGACACCUGUGUUGAGCAUGGAGAAAUCAUCUCCCUAGGGAAGACCACAAUCUUGGGGGACUGCAUGAUGAACUACUGAAGUGUUUACUGUCUCCUGAUUUUCCUCCUGUACAAAGAUACACACCCUUAUUUUGAGAGUGCACAUCCUCGAUCAUUGCUUUGCAACCCUGUUGCAUUUGCUUCAUUUAUCAAUUGCUAUUAUCUAGGCAUAUUGAUCAGGUCACCAUUUUCCAUGGGCCAUGGCCUAUGUGUUCUCAGCUAGUCAUAAGCCUGCUUUAACUUCCAAGUAGAGAAUAUAAGAAUCAAAUCAGGACACUACAUGUUAUUUACUUAUUUUUCCUCCCAGGCCUUACCAAAUAUGGCUGUAGAGAGGGUGAGGCAUUCAAGUUCUCAGUGGGAACUCCUAUAAAUGGAUGGAAGAGAAAUACUAAAUUGAUUCUAAAUAAGUUCCACUCUCUUCUCUGUGGGAUGCAAAACACCCAGCUUUAAUGUACAAGUGUGCUUUCUGACAGCAAUCAAAGCACAAAAGAAAAGAGUUGCACUUUAGACAGCCCAUUUAAGCACUGAGCAUCUCUGCAUUUGCAUUUAAUGAUAUAUCUGUUCUCCCAGUCAGGACUUCAGUCUUUGCAGGAAGGAAUUCACGUAUGUGUCAGGUCCACUGUGGAAUGAUCUUCAUAAGAAUCUAUCCCAUUUGCGCUUCCACUAGUAGUCUUUGUCUGUCCCUUUUUAUUGUAUCAUCCUCAUCCUUGUCAAUCUCAUUGUCAUCGAAAAACCUACAGUGCACAAUUCCACUCUGAUACAUGGGAUCACCGUGACUAGUUAGAUUUGACUCAGUGGUGAUGGUAAUGGUGGUCAUUAGAUACUGAUGGAUUAGAAAUGCAUUUGGCUGCAAAUAAUGAAUCCUGGGGGUUGGCACACUAGAACCAUCUCAAUAAUAUCAUCCAGGAUCCAGACUCCCGUAAUAGUUCUUUUGCGCUAUCCAUACCCUUUGCCUUUGGUUGACGGCCUCAAAGUUGCAAGAUGAUGGUGGCCCCUCCAGAUUCCAUGCCUGGCUUCUAAGCAGGAAGUAACAAGGUAUAAAAACAAAAACAACCAAAGCUUGCCCAGUGGCUCUUAGCUUAUACUUACUGUCCAGAAUUCUGUCACCUGGCUUCACCCAGCUGCAGGGAGUCUGGGAAAGGAGUUUUUUCAGUAAGGCACCUGAUUCAGAAUGGGAUCAUUGUGUUUCUAUCAGGUCUCAUGCUUUCAGUUUGUUGCUCUCUUGUCCAAUCCUUCCAAACACACCUUUUAACCGUCCACACAAUACUGAGAUUUGACCGAGAACUCCCAGUCAACAUUCAUUUUUCUGCCAUCUUAGCCCAGAUGUUUUAUUUUUCAUUCACUUUUGGAUUAAAACGUAGUUACAAAUGGGGCUCCAUGAAAUUCCUGGUUGAGGGGACAAAAUAUGCGGAUUCUCUGAAUUUAAAAAAUUGUCAGAAAUUACUGACAAACUAGAAAAUAUCUUUCUGUAGUUCAUUGAUGUCUUACAAAGACUAUCUAAUAGCCACGCGGUGUGACCAUCCCCAGCUAGUAGGAAAGCAACAGAUAGCUUUGGUCCUAGAAUAGAAUGCAAGUUGUUGCUUAGGUCUCAGUGCUAUGGAUUACAUCACAGCCCCCGGGGUUGGCAUUGUUGUCUGGGUUGCCAUAGAACACUUGCAAGUGGAGCUGGCUUCUCCUGGAUUUUGAACCUUAAAAUGCCUUCAAGAGUGCUGCCGGUAGUCCCUGUCUUAUUCCUGCCAGGAUCUCCUCAGAGUUUGCCUGUAAAUGGGAAAGAGAAUGUCUAUUCGUCUGGUCUGACUUUCUAGAAUUCAGGAGGCCCUUGGAGCUGAAACAAGUCGUUUCAAAAGGGAACAUGAAAUAGCAAAUGGAUAACCAAAGGUCACUCAACCCCCAGAAUGUACUUGCCAGCUAAGGAUGUGGAGGGUGAGAGGGGAACAUUUGCUCUGGGCCAAGGUCUCCUAGAGAGCCUGUGGUAGUUCUUUCUGCCUCCCCAGUGUUUAGGAUAGAGAUGUUUGGGAAUUCAUGCAAACAGCCGAGGGAGUUCUUUGACUUCCAUGAUCUGGCCCUGGUUUCCUUUGCCUUUGGAACCUCCCAUUUGUCAUAGGGCUCAGGUUCUCCUCAAGAUGGCAGGAUCAGGUGGCUAGGUAAAGGUCAAGGGGGAGGACUUUGCUGUGGAGACCACCCCGUGAGCUGUCCUUUUCACAUGAAACUCUCACCCAUGAGGCCCUCUGCCCACUGGCUCCAGGUCGCAGUCAUAUUCCACAGGACCAUACUGCUGGGAUAUGACUCAUCUUCAAAACCUUCAGGGAUAGCUUGGAGAUAUGGCACGUUUAGCUCCAGACCACCAUAAUAAAGUCCAUUUGGGGGUUUCCCAGGACAUCGGAGAGUUAUGUUUACAAUAUACUCUCGUCUCUGAAAUGUGUCGUAACAUGAUGACAAAGUUUCAAAUAUGGUGAGAAUGACCAAACGGACCCAGAGACAUGAAGUGAGCACAUGCAAUUGGAGAAAUGGCUCUCAUUGACUUGCUCAACGCAUGAUGACCACUGACCUUCACUUUUAAAACAAAUGCAAUAAAUCAAGCAAAGUGCAAUAAAAUGAGGCUUGGCUGUGCGGGGCUUGGGACUCUGAGGGUAUGUGCUGCAGUCCACGGUUCGCAGUGGUCUGACAAAGCUCAUGAGGAGAACUGAGGCAGGUGGACGAAAUGUUUUCAUCACUCGUAGAACCAAAGGCUUUAGACAUUUGUAGAACCUUUCCUGACUCUAAAUCAUGUAAUGUUCUAAAGGAAUGCAAACAGAAAAAGUUCCUUAGUGAGGUAUAUUGAUCAAUUUCUUGCCCUCCCUCUUUCUUAUGAAGGAAAUGUGUUAGGGGACCCCAAGUUAAGGCUACCUUGAGCUAGAUGUGCUGAUUGUUUCUGUUUUUUGUUUUGUUUUGUUUUGUUUUUAAGCACACCUUGGAAAUAUAGAUGUGCACAGGUACAUGGCUUUUAAGGAAAAGUAAACAUGCUGGAAGGAAAUUAUUGUACGUUCAAUUUUUGUUGUUAUCGAACCAGGCCUGCUUCAAGGUCCUUGUUCAAUAAGUCCUGAAGACCAUUCAAAGGAGAAGUCAGCUACCUUUUGGCCCUUAAGAAGUCAUAGAUAUUGAAUGGUUUAGAGCAGUGCAUUUCACUGAGGAGAGAAGUGGGUCUUUUAAAUUGGCUUAAUCCAAUGAUGCUCAGAAUUCAAUAUCAUUUGAGUUGGAGAAGAACAGUCCUAGGCAGAGGAUCAUUGUGUUACCAUGGAAUUGGACCAUUAUGCCUCAUUUUCAUUUUGCUAGUGUUUUAUUGGAUUUGGCUGCUACUCUUUAACUUACAUGGAGAGGGAGCUUGUCUGUCCAAGUGGGAAACACUAACCUGGUUUUACUGGCGUUAUAAGAAUGGAUUUACUGGAGGAGCCCUGGUGGCACAGUGGGUUCACCGCCAGGAUGCUAACUACAAGGUUAGUAGUUCAAAGCCAUGAGCCACUCUACAGGAGAAAGAUGAGGCUGUCUUCUCCCAUAAAGAUACAGUCUCCAGGCCACUUUUGCUUUGUCCGCCUAAAACCAUGCCUACCCACUGCAUCUGUACUUUUCUGGCUUGGAGCGAGCUUGUGGUGAGAUGGCCAAACGCGCUAAGAAAGUCGGGCUCAUGGGUACAUAGGGGACCUGUGACGCUACCUCCGUCAGGAAAAUGGAGUGGAAAAUUGACAUCAGCCCACAUGCCAUGUACACUUGCUCCUUCUGUGGCAAAGCCAACAUAAAGAGACACGCUGUGGGGACCUGGCACUGCGGUUCCUGCAUGAGAACAGUAGCUGGUGGGGCCUGGACCCACAACCCCACCUGAUCUGUCACAGUCAAGGUCGCCAUCAGGAGACUGAAGGAAUGGAAAAACCAGUAGAUGCUCCACUAUCUGAAACCUCUCUGGCCUGUAAUCAAUGGGUUAAUUUAUAAUUUGUAAUUUAAUACAAAGGAAUGCUGUCUCAGAAAGCCCCUAUAGAGCAGUUCUACUCUGUCCUAUAGGGUUUUUAUUUAUUUUUAUUUUUAUCCUAUCACUGUGUAAACAUUGGCACUGUAUUAAAGUUGUUGGAACUCUAUUUUUAAAAUAAAUAAGCUCAGACUCCUCAA